AUGACACGCACCGCUGGAGACUUGAUGGAUGAGCUCGCCGCCGCAUACGGUCAGAAAUGGUUCCAGGAGCGGGUGCGAAAAUGUGCUCGAGAUUCCGGCUUCGAGCGGUCUGUUUUCUUGAUGCGACUCAAGGAUGUGGCCUUUGAAGUUCAGAAGCCCGUCCUGGAGAAGUGGGGUUUUGAGGGCAACGAGCACGGAGUUCGUGAGAUGACCGCUGCCAUCCGCGAGCAUGCCGGUAGAAGUGGCAAGGACAUGCCUCAGUGGCUGAAGGAGAAGCAAGACAGGUGCUUAGAGCUCUUGUAUGGUGGCCCAGAAGGCUACCAACUGACGAUUCUUGCUGUGCACGCGCUGUGCACUGCUGUUUGUAAGCAUUGGCUCAUUAUGAUAGAGUGGUUAGAGAACUGGGCGAACAGGUGGACUUCCAGACAUCUCCGGAAUGACAUCACUGAAGGCACCGCGUGGCGCCUGUAUGUGGACGUCACUGGACAGAUCCCCGAGAACUGGACCGCUGAAGAGCUCCGCAAGUGCUUCGAGAAGUGGCCCCGUCGCAAAGAGAACUCUGCAAAGCGCAAAAGGCGAUCGCAUAGGCGGCGUCGCGGCUUGGUCUUCGCAUGUUGUCAUGUGGACGACACGGAUGCAACAGAGGCUGUGCAGCUGUGCCGCAGGGCCACAAGGCGCUUGCGCAUCUCUUGUAUCGCACGGCAGGCAAUCAAGGAGAUGAAUGGCACGAAGUAUGAGGCCAAUCGGAGCAGGGAGGAGGCCCGCAGCGCUCGCAUGCGAACGAUGACGAAGACGUCGCUCUCGAUCCAGGUCACGAUCUUCUCGGCCGCGGUUGGGCCCUUUGAUGCCGUUUACACGCCUUGUCGUGUUGCAUCCUUGGAAGGCGGCAGAGAUGCGAGUCGAGUGACAGCGGGCGACGGCGCAGGUGUCGAAGCAGCCGCAGUCGCAGUCGAAGUCGGCAUCGUUGACUCGGAGAAAAGUGGGGUUUGUCAGUUGGUGGACUUGGAUUUUGGCCUCGACUGCGACCCCGUUGCACUUGCACUCGCCGAACGACUCGUACUACUGGCUUCCCACCCGGUGACAGCCGUUGAAGCCAUGGCUGAUGGAGGGGAGGUCUUGCUGAGAAGAGGGGGAGAAAGGCACAACACAACCAGGUUUGUGAAAGGUACCAAUGCAAAGAAGCCACCAAACUUCGAAGGAACGGGGGUUAUCGCCCUGUUCAAGCAUCCGCUCUCCAUCUUCAUGAUCUGCGUCCCUUUCGGCAUCUGGUCCUACUUCUUCAAGUGGGAUCCCGCCUACACGUUUUGGCUCAACUUCUUCGCAAUGCUUCCAAUGGCCAAAAUCUUGGGAGACAUCACGGAGGAGCUGGCAGCCGGCUUGAGGAACGACCUUCUCGCCGGCCUGAUCAAUGCCACUUUCGGGAAUGCAGUGGAGAUGGUCAUCACGGUGCAGACGCUGCGCGGCGGCCUCUAUGCGGUGGUGAAAGCGACGCUUCUAGGCUCCGUUCUGUCAAAUGUGCUGCUGGUGCUGGGGAUGUCCUUCCUCUUCGGUGGCUUAGUGGGUGUCAAUGGGAAGACAGAAGAGCAAGCAAAGGUGAAGGAUGCGGAAUCCCUGGAGAAGGAAGCCACAGGAGGUUACAGCAUGGUUGCCGAGAAGGUGCAAACCUUCAAAAUCCUUGGAGCCAUGGUGAAUACCUCGAUGCUCUUGCUGUCGUGCCUUUCGUUCACCCUGGUGACGGUGUUCGGCACGAUGCUGGAAGAUCAUUACAAGUUCAACCACAGUGACCUCGAAGAGGUGAUGCUGCCAAUCUCUCGGACCUGCUCCAUAAUCAUCGUCUCUGCCUACGUCGCGUACAUCGUCUUCCAGCUGUUCACGCACCGAACCGUCAUGGCAGAAGGAGGCGACGGCGACGACGAGGAGGAGGAAAGUUCAAUAUCAGUGACCACAGCAGCCGUACUCCUGUUCGCAAUGACAGCAGUUGUCGCGUUCUGUUCGGAGCUACUAGUAGAUUCGAUUGAGAGCAUGACGGCACGGGCGCACAUGGGUGAGCACUUCAUCGGAAUCAUUCUCUUGCCCAUUGUGGGCAAUGCAUGCGAGCACGCUGCGGCCGUGCGCUUUGCCAUGCAGGACAAGCCUGGUCUAUCGAUCGGGAUCGCAGUUGGAUCUUCCACGCAAAUAGCUCUCUUUGUAGUCCCCUUCUCUGUUCUCGUGGGAUGGGCCAUCGACAAGCCGAUGGACUUGAACUUCGGGGCCCUCAACGUCACGGUGAUGACGCUUAGCGUCAUAGUUGUCCUUUCCAUGGUGGUGGAUGGCCAGUCCAACUGGCUGCAAGGCUACUUGCUCUGCGCAGCCUAUGCCGUCAUAGCUGUUUUGUUUUGGUAUGUGCCAAACUCUAACUCCAUCUGA